AUGGAAUCCGGUACCAGGUCUCUCACCCCCCCACCCGUAACCACGCGGCAGCGGGAUAUGCAGGCCUGGGUCUACAAGCCCCUGCGUGCCAACCCAUGGACGAUUACCAUUUUCAUCUCCAUCCUACUGGUGUUCAUUUGCGUUCCCUUCGGCUGUACACUGGCGUUCCUCUCUACUCAGCGAAGUCUGCCAUUUGCGUGGGCCACCCUGGUGGCCUUUAGCGCCACUGUCCUCGCGCUGUUAAGCCUCCUAGGAACAUUGAGAUGGUGGCACCAGGCUCGUCCUCAUCUACCCAAGUUGCCCAUCAAUCAGAAUGGAUGUUGUUCGGAUGUCUCCGAUUUCGCUCUCCGGGGCGCCCUUGGAAGCAAUGCCGCAGACACACCCGCCAAGAACCGAUUCAUCAUCACCUGUAUCUCGUACCAGAUCGUCCGCGUAGCGGAUAUGAUUUUCGGACACCGAGUGCCUCCUCAUCUGAUUGCCUGCGCGCCUUUCGACGAACUCGCCGUCGACCAGCAAAACGGCUCCAAUGUCUAUGCCGUCAGGGUGUUCAGAACAGCCAUGAUACCUCGCCGAUCACACCCUCUCGCCCCUACACAAGAGCGCGGAAGGACUGGGAUGAGCAACGUCGGCACAACGAUGUUAACCAUGUUCCCCUAA